CUUGUCUGUAAUCUUGUCGGCGUCUUCAGCCUUGGUAAACUUAAUGGUGAUAGACGAUGCUAUGUUAGUAGGUAUAUCCCCAGUUCGCCAUCCAAAGUGCUUGAUCUCAGCUUGAGGGAUAAACGGCUUGUUGUCCUGUAAGAUCUGGGCUCCGUUUUCUUCGAGGGUAUCCACAUUGAGCGUGCUAGUGCGAAUUCCGUGUACAAUCACGCUGUACUUUGAGAUCUGUACCGUUGCACGUGUGCCGAUGCAGUGGACCUAGUUAUUCGCGAAUUGCUGCAGUGCUUCUACCUCUUUGCCGUUGGCUAUCUUUAUGCUACUGUCUCCGGUCUUCAGCUAGUUGGAUAAGAUAAUCUUAAAACGUUCAAUAUCAUCGUUUUCGCUUUGUCUGCUCGAUCUCCAUUGGUACUGUGAGCUUGCCGCGCUAGAAAUUCUCCAUGUUAUACACCAGAGCUAUCAUAUCUCAUUUUUGGACUGGUCUGCUUCCAGGAUCCGGCUCUUCACCGCCCGAUCGCGCAGGUCGAGAUCCACAUAGACUUGACCGGACUCUUCGACCGAUCAAGCGAGGAUUUGAUGGGGCUAGAGGAAUGCUGCAUGGUUGUAUAAAUAUGGUCGAUGUUUCGAAUGGAGUGCUUUGCAGCCAGAAAGAUACCAAACGGCAUUUUGAAGAGCCCUACUGAGGGUUCGGAGACGAUAAAAAUGGCGAUAUGCUUGCGACGGCUUUGUGGAGGCAUUUAGACGAGACGGUCUAAGAUUCCUGUGCUCCACGUCCCAUUUCCCGUCCUCUCCAGUCUCCGGUGCUGCCAGCUCUUCUGAGCUUGAUCCCUAAAGAAAGGACGCUUAGCGCUGCCACCUCAGCAGCAACCUCUUCGUGUCUCGGACUCAACCAUCUUGUUACUCGCUGCGUCG